AUGUUCCGCGCAGCAGCUCGUACUACAAACCUUGCUCGCACCUCGUUGAGGCAGUCCCUUUUCUCCGCUAAGCAGGUGCGCAACUACUCUGUUCGCCACAAUGCGCAACAGGCGUCAUCAAACAUGGGCCUCUACCUCUCGCUCGGCGGUCUUGCUGGUAUUGCCACCUGGUACGGCAUGGGCGGCUUCAACGGUGACAUUCGCUCGAAGCUACAGAAAAUCAACGCUGACUCUGAAGAUGUGGCCCUUUCGAAUGAAGAGUUUCGUGCUCUGAAGCUCAAGGAAGUUCGUCCUUACAACCACGACAGUGCCUUCUACGUUUUUGAGCUUCCUGACAACAAGCGCUCUGGUAUGUUCACUGCAUCUGCUCUUGUGAUUCGUGGUGCUGGUGAUGAUCCCAAGAACAAAGAGGGAAAGCCCGUCAUCCGCCCCUACACUCCAGUCAACCCCCCGUCGGACAAGGGAGAGAUUGUUCUGCUCAUCAAACAUUACCCUGGUGGCCAGAUGACGCAAUACCUCAAGGGCCUCAAGGCUGGUGACGAGAUGUGCUUCAAGGGUCCCAUCCCCAAGCAUCCCUACAAGUCUAACCAGUUCGAGGAAAUUGGUAUGAUUGCUGCUGGCACGGGCAUCACGCCCAUGUGGCAGCUCAUCCAGGAAAUUGCUGCGAACCCCUCUGACAAGACCAAGGUGACGCUCCUUUAUGGCAACAAGACAGAGGCUGACAUUCUGCUCCGUGAGAAGUUCGACGAGCUGAGCAAGGACUCCCGCUUCAACAUCGUUUACUUCCUCGAUGAGAAUGCCAAGAGCGUCAAGUCUGAGAAGGGCUACAUCACGAAGGAUCACGUCAAGAAGUAUCUUCCAGAUGCUGAAAAGGGUGGAAAAGCCAAGAUCUUUGUAUGUGGUCCUCCACCCAUGGUUGGUGCGAUUGCUGGCCCUAAGCAGGGCUUCCAGCAGGGUGAAUUGAAGGGUGUCCUGUCGGAGCUUGGCUACAAAGCUGAGCAGGUCUUUAAGUUCUAA